AUGGCUAACUUGAAGAAGCUAUUAGCUAUGUUUGCUCUCGUGAUGUUCCUGUCACAGCACCGCGUCCAUGGUGUCUCCGUGUCUGUGGGCAGCAGCGCGAACGUUACUACAGAGACCAAACAUCUUCGCGGCAGGUGCCACAUCAGUGGCUUCCUGCAUGGCAAAUCCGGCGACUGCAACAGGGAUCACGGCUCGGUCUGUUGUAAAGAUGGUCAUCGCUACCCGCAAUUCAGGUGCUCGCCCCCGGUGUCGGCCGACACGCCGGCGAUCCUAACUUUGAAUAGCUUCGCACGAGGUGGAGACGGCGGCGGCAAAUCGUUCUGCGACAACCGCUUCCACAAGGACACCGAGCUGGUGGCGCUGUCCACGGGGUGGCUGCGCCUGGACGGCAAGCGCAGGUGCAACAAGAUGAUCCGCAUCAACGGGAACGGGCGUGUCGUGCUGGCCAAGGUCGUCGAUGAGUGUGACUCGGUGUACGGCUGCGACGCCGAGCACAACUUCGAGCCACCGUGCCCAUACAACGACGUAGACGCGUCACCGGCCGUGUGGAAGGCGUUGGGGCUCAAGGAGGAGAUUGGAGUGUUCAAGAUCACUUGGUCUGAUAUUUGCAAGCAAGGUGAGUACCUCACAGACAUGGCUAACUUGAAGAAGCUAUUAGCUAUGUUUGCUCUCGUGAUGUUCCUGUCACAGCUCCGCGUCCAUGGUGUCUCCGUCUCUGUGGGCAGCAGCGCGAACGUUACUACAGAGACCAAACAUCUUCGCGGCAGGUGCCACAUCAGUGGCUUCCUGCAUGGCAAAUCCGGCGACUGCAACAGGGAUCACGGCUCGGUCUGUUGUAAAGAUGGUCAUCGCUACCCGCAAUUCAGGUGCUCGCCCCCGGUGUCGGCCGACACGCCGGCGAUCCUAACUUUGAAUAGCUUCGCACGAGGUGGAGACGGCGGCGGCAAAUCGUUCUGCGACAACCGCUUCCACAAGGACACCGAGCUGGUGGUGGCGCUGUCCACGGGGUGGCUGCGCCUGGACGGCAAGCGCAGGUGCAACAAGAUGAUCCGCAUCAACGGGAACGGGCGUGCCGUGCUGGCCAAGGUCGUCGAUGAGUGUGACUCGGUGUACGGCUGCGACGCCGAGCACAACUUCGAGCCACCGUGCCCAUACAACGACGUAGACGCGUCACCGGCCGUGUGGAAGGCGUUGGGGCUCAAGGAGGAGAUUGGAGUGUUCAAGAUCACUUGGUCUGAUGUGUGAGCUAUGCCAUUAAGACCUUGCAUUAAGCUAUGUACACGCAGACAUGCGGAAACGUAGAUGUGUGCGUUGUUGUCUUGGUGGUGGAGUUGCUGCUAAUUAAAAUAAGCCACCACUCGCUUGUAUUUGAUAUUUUCACAACUUUAUGUAUUUGUCCUGUCUCGGUGCUAUAUUUACGAUUCACAUGUAUAUGAUAUUUUUCUUGAUUUAUGUAUUUACCUUGUUUACGUGCUAUAUGUAUUAUUUACGUGUAUUUUUUUUUGAGAUUUAUGUAUUUGCCUAGUUUGGGUACAAUAUGAAAUGAAA